AUGAAGGUCGAUACCUGCUCUCCCCAAACUGGAGAACAACAGUUCUUGAUCAUGAUGGAUGCUAACCCAGUCACACCGCAGCGCGUGGAAACUCUUUUGAAGUCUCACGAAGACUCACUCAACGCCAUCAGAAAAAGAUAUGAUGUAAACGAUCUGUGGUAUCUUGAAGUAUUGGCUGUUCAUCCUUCUCUUCAAGGCCGAGGAUUAGGCAGCAUGGCGAUGCAGUGGGUUCUGGAUCGUGUUCAGGAUUCGCCAAUUUUCUUAGAGUGCACAGCGGAGCAAAAUGUGAACUUCUAUGAGAAGCUAGGAUUUGAGGUUGUUGAAAAAGUGGAUUUGACCGACGAAAAAGACAUCGCCAAAGUUUGGCUCAUGUUUCGACAGGCACAGAAACUCAGUUCCUAA